CGCAAGUUAUUCAGUGUUCACCUAAACUAUCGCGCCAUGAGAUUCUCCCACGAAACGACGCUGGACAGUUACAGCGAGUCCUUCAACCUUGCCGACUGGCUUUUCACUUUAUCCGAGGAAGAAUACCAUGCAUGCCAGGCCGGACAUCGCGCAAUUGGGGUCGUAGGCAAACGUGAAGGGAUGGUCAACGUAGAAUCGAUAGGAGGCUCUCUCAUCAUUCAACAUUACCGAACUGUGGUUGCAGAGCGUGAUCGAGUGCUCAUGAAGUCACCGCAUAGUAGAGCAUACCUUUUGCACCUCAUACCUGCGCCAGUCGGUGUCGCCUGGGAAAUGGAGAUCAUCCAAAAGGGUCAAACAAGAACUUUCAGGUGUACAAUUGAUAUUCAACUCCCGCUUCUUCUCCGUCUACUGUCGUCUAUGAUCGCCACGCCUUUCUUUAUCCGGCGCCAUCUAGUGCAAGAGACAGACGGCUUUGCACAAGACAUGUCAACGAAAAUGUCGAAAUGAGUAUAUUGAUAAACAGAUGCAAUACAAGUGGAGCAAUAAGGCAG